AUGAAUUUAAAGAAACAAAUCCUCUCAAAAACCAUCUCCAAUCAAGGCUUUAUUGAAGCAAACCAAACAACCUCGAAAUUCCAACAACCACAUCCUGCUGGAACAAAGACUCAUUCUCUCUCAUCGGGUACACCAAUCAAUACAUCUUCUCUCCAUCAGGAAGGAUCUGUUUCUAUGAGUAUGAAUCAUGGAUUCCAAGAACAAAUGAUAACAGGUGUUAAGAAUGGCAUGUCGGAACUCGAAGCAGUAGUGAGCAGUACAAGUACUAGUUCUCAAACAGCAGCAACCUUUGGAGUUCCAUCUUCAGCAAUUCCAUCCAACAGCAAUGUGGCCUCUUCCCAUUCUAAUGGUGCUUCCUCUUUGUUAAGCACUUCUGCAUUGGCUUCUGCAUCUAUGGCUUCUUCUGCAUCAUCUUUGGAGUCUUCCCCUCUCUCCAAAGAUCUUUACUAUACUGUGAAGGACAAAACAUUUAGAUUCCUUUCAUUGAGAGAUAACUUUUCACUUCCAUUGCUGACAAAAAUAUAUAAUGAAAUUAUGAUUCCGAACUUUCCAAUUGAAUCCGAAUUGGAUCCGCUCGAAGUUUGGAUUAACAAUUUAACUCAUAAGGGAGGUCGUAUAUUUGUUCCACUCAUGCAUAUUAUGGUUGCUUUUGAAAUUGAUAGCAACGACAACAAUGCAUUGAAAGAUGAAAAUAUUGCAGGUAUUUCUGUAUUUGAAUAUUAUGAAAUGUCUCAAUGUGCGUUGCUGUCAUACUUUGUCGUGUGCGAAAAGUACAGAAAUUAUGGUUUGGGAAAGACAUUAGUUUAUCAAGCUUACGAAUAUUGCAAGAAUGAGUUAUAUGCAAAGAGAAAAGCAAAUAGAUGGGAGGCGUUAAACAAUGCACUCAUGCAUGUAAGAAACUGGCAUGUCGGAGAUGAUGAUGGUGCGACCAUUGUACAGCUAACAAAAACUCAAAAAGGACAAUUACAAUUCGCUCAACAGUAUAUUCAAUUAUGUCUUCACAAUGCUCAACUUAAGACACAAAAUGCAGACAUCAAACAUAUUCUCGAUGCUGAAGAAGAUGAGUUUUAUUUCUUCGCAGAGACAAAUGCCAUCGGCGUGCACGAUGGAGUGAUGGCAUCUGAGCAAAGACACAAGAUUAUGAGAAAUAUUGGAUUUUGUGUUGUAGAUUUUGAAUACAUCCAACCUCCAGUUUGUACGGAUGAGGACGCCAUGUAUUGUGAUGAUUUACUUCUUCUUUCUUUGGAAGUGGAGAAUGAUAGAUGCAGGAUAAAAUCGACGGAACCAAUUAGACAUGUUCCAAGAUUUAAACUGAAAUGUUGGACAUUAGAAUUGCUGUACACUGUGUUCAGAGAGAUUUACCCACAUAUAUUUGCUGAUUAUUUCCAAUAUCAAUGGCAAGAUCUAGAUGCUAGAGGCCCAAGAAUACCAAUAUUUACUGACCUAGAAAAGUGGAAGAGAAGAACAAGGCUUGAAAACUACAAGAGGGAUGAGAAUUUAUUGUCCAAAUUGUAA